GGCGAAAGCAUGGACCAGUUCUUCCUUCUCGUCAUGGGCUUCAUCAUCUACCUAAUGCAGGCGGGGUUCGCAUUCCUGGAGGCCGGCGCCGUCAGAAGUCGCAACACCGUCAACAUCCUCAUCAAAAACGCCCUCGAUUCAUUUUUUGGUGGCGUGUCUUACUGGCUUGUUGGCUACGCUCUAGCGUUCGGAAAAGGGAACCCGUUCAUUGGCGCCUCUUAUUUCGCCCACAGCGGUCUUCCGGCUACGAUGUACGCGCAUUGGUUUUUCCAGUUCGUGUUUGCCGCCACCGCCGCAACUAUUGUAUCCGGUGCCGUGGCGGAGCGCUGUGACUUCACUGCGUACAUCAUCUACAGCUCAGUCGUUACUGGCUUUAUCUACCCGGUGGUGACUCACUGGGCGUGGUCGGAGGAGGGCUGGCUGGUGAACGGACGGACGUACGAGUUUGACGGGGAGCUCGUCAACAUUGGAUACAACGACUUUGCAGGAAGUGGUGUGGUGCAUAUGGUCGGCGGUAUCGCGGCCUUCGUCGGUGCCUUGGCUUUGGGUCCGCGCAUAGGACGCUUUGACAGGAACGACGGAAGUCCUAUUGAAAUAAGAGGACACUCAAUUCCGUUUGCAUCUCUGGGCGGGUUUAUCCUGGUGUUUGGAUUCUUUGCGUUCAACGGGUCCUCUCAGGGCUCAAUAUCCGGGGAUGGGGACGGAGCGGCAGUUGCCAUGGCUGUGACAAACACCGUGCUGGCGGCUUCCGGCGGCGCUUUCACCACGCUGGUGCUCAACAAGAUCAAAUACUUCGGCGACUCGAAAUGGAGUUUCCUCACCACACUGAACGGAUGUCUUACGGGAAUGGUAGCGGUCUGCGCGGGGUGUAAUCAGUUCAAGUCAUAUUUCGGCUUCAUCACGGGGGUGCUCGGCGGGAUCGCUUACAUGGUCACCACAUGGCUCGUCCUCAAGCUCAAGGUCGACGACCCACUGGACGCCACUGCAGUACAUUUCGGCGGGGGCGUGGUCGGUGUUCUAAGUGUGCCGCUCUUCUCCUACGACUACGGCGUCAUCUACCACUGGGAUAUGAAAUCCGGAUACUACCUGGCAUGGCAGGUCGCGGGGUUGGCGGCUAUCUUCAGCUGGGCGGCCGUCCUCUCUCUUAUCAUGUUCUUCUCGCUCAAAAAACUCAACAUUUUUAGAGUCCCCUUCGAAUACGAGGUCAAAGGUCUUGACAUCCCGAAGCACGGGGAGACGGCGUACCCGGCGGAGGCGUACGGACACGGGUGGGGGGAGAAGGGAGACGCGCUCAUGGGCCUCAUGAAGGAGGCCGCGAACGCCAGCAUCAAAACUGUCGUCUCUAAACACACCAAUGUGACUAUCAAGGAAACCGUUCGGCCUAGCGAAAGCCCGGAGGUAGACGCGAUGCGAGGCUAUGAGAACAAAGGGUACACCGGAAGUAAUCCCACCCGAGGGCCAUCUGCCAACCCCUCCUCUACCCAGCUCUGA